AUGGAGUCUCCUCUCUCCGCCCGCGGCAACGCCGAGGCGCGGGAGGGCCUCGUCAAGAGACAGCGCGAGACUGAAGAAGAUGACGUAGGCUUCAGAGCAGAAGAAGGAGCGAAGGCUGCCGUACCUGCCAGGGAAGGCGACGGAGCGCUUUCCAGGGUCACGGACAAACCAGGGGAACAGCUGCUGUCUGAGAUCCUCUCGGAUUUCCACGUCUCCGAAAACUUCUUCCUCUUUGGAGGCGGUCCCUACUCUAGUGCAGCCACGAGUCUGCAAGUCCUCGCCGCGGAAGAGAAAGAACGAGAUGGACACUCGGGAGGAGAAGGAGAAGAGGGAACGUUCGAGUGUUCGUCGGAAGAAAACUGCGGGUCUCCGGCCCUCUGCUUCUCUUCUCGCUUUCGCACAAAACGGCCUCGCGUUCGUCUCGGCGUCCAGCUCGACCAGACAUUCCCGUGGCUAGCAGAUUUGCCCGAUGUCGUCGUGCGAAGCCUAUCGUGUGCGACCAACCACAUUGCUCUUCUGACGGAAGGAGGGCAGAUCUUCAUCUACAAGAUCCGGCAGUACCCUUGGCAAGGCGAAGGCUUUGACACUUGGCUGCCGCUUGCUUCGGUGCCAGGCCGCGAGUUCGUUCAUGUGGAGAUCAAGUCUCUGGACUUUGGAGAUGCACCUCUCGACGUUCUCUGUGACCCUGCGUUCGAGCCUCGCCCGUUUGCCCCCCCGUCCUGCGCCGCGCGCGCCUCCAGCGGUCUGGGCUGUUGUGGCGCGCCUGCGAGGGAGGCUGUGGGUCCCCAGGCAAGCGGCGCGGCGAGUUCCAGAGGAGACGAACAUGCAAGCGAUGAAUGCGACGGAAGCGACCUGCGCCCAGAGAACGCAGAGAUGUCGCGAGAGACUGCAGAGCGCAAGGAGAAACGCAGACCCGAGAGCCAGGAUGUUGUGUCCGUCUGUCGAUGUGUCUCCAGAGAAGAAGACCCAACGAGCCUUUUCGCGCUAGCUGCUCUAGAUCGGGACGGAAAUCUAUGGCUAGGUAGCAACGCACAUUGCUGCUGUGCUGAAAGGAAACUCUUGUCUUCUCUCUCGUGCGAACCUUCGGCCUCGUCUUUUUCCUCGUGUUCUCUUCCUUCCUCUCGUGCGUCGACUUCGUCUCCUGCGGGUCGGGCGCAUGAGGCGUUGCCGAGAGUGAACGGAGCAGUGGAGGGGAAGUGUCUGAGUGCGGUGCCUGGCUCAGGGCAGCACAAAGAGGAAAGACAGACGGACGAAGAGGACAGAGAUGGGUGGCCAGAAGACGAGAGCCGACGGAGGUUCGACUGCCUCUCGAGCCCCUUGACAUGCACAUGUGGAGGACGUCGACCGAACGAAGCGCGGACGAGCGAGAAUCCUGAGAAUGGGGAUCUGCGCGAAAACAUCCAAGACGAAAAACGUACCGAGAGAGAAGAGAGAGACGGGCAGCCAACGGGAUGUCCCAUCCGCUUCCAGCACUGCCCCAUGCGAAUGGAGUCUCUGAGACUUCCCGUUUCUCAGGGUGUCCAAGGAGGCAUGGAGGAACGGGGGACCUGCCUGUUUGUCUCUCUCGCCGAACUGACUCCUGUCCCGCCCUCGCCAUGCCCCGACGCUUCUCUGUGGUCGGUCGCGGCCUCUCAGGGACCGAAGCGGGAAGGCGAGAGAAGAGAAGGCGCUCUCGCCUCGCCUCCUUUCUCGUGCUUCCCCUUCUUCCCGCCCCUGCGGUACGCCGUGCUGUGUCAGUCCCGGCUCUACCACAAACGCUACGGCCUCAUCAUUCGCGGCAAAACUUUGAGUUGUCGGGCGUCGCCUCUUCCACACGUUCCUGCGAAGGUUGUUUGUGGGAGUGAAGCAGACUGCGGCCUGCUGCUGUUCACCAAUGGCAUCGCAUACCAGUGGCAAGCAACUGUCUCUGACCUCGGAAAAGUCGUUCCUGGACUGCGAAAGGUUGAAGGCUCUCUCAAAGACAAACGCGUCGUCGACGUCUUUGGCGGCCAGCAUGGCCCUCCGGAGUUUCUCUCCAGCGCGCUGUCUUCUUCUGCAGCAGGCGGAGGCCGAGUCCCGGGAAGUUUCGAUUUCUUUCUUCUAGACGCCUCUUCCGUUCUCCACGAGUACAAUUUCAAUCUCGGGCAAGUCGCAGUCAAUGCAGGAACCUCGACAGGAACUCCCAAUUCGGCUGCUUCGUCCUCUGGUGGGGGGGGUGCUCCGGCGGCUCUCUCUUCGUCUUCCGGUGUCGGCCUGUCGAGUUUUCGCAGGCCGCGCGUUCCGCAGCCCAUCGAGUGCACGCCGUUCUGUUUCGACUUGCUGUACAGCCACCCAGCGAGCGAUCGGCGCAUCCCUUACCGCGUGGAGAAUUUCCCUAGGCUGCUUGCGGCGCUUCCCAGGUCGUAUUUGCUCUUCAUUUUGAGUAUUUCCUCGGUUUCACUCGAGAUCGUUCGAGACAAAUACGUCUUUCUGUCUUCGAAUCAAACGAUUAUGCCGUUGCCCUUGCCGGAGCCUCCGUGUCCGCAGUCUUCUGCAUCUGUAGGUUCCUCUGCUGCUCCUGGCGAGCCUCCAGAUCGCGUAGUCAGAACUUCCUCUCACUCCUCGCGCCCUCUCAACCCAAACAGACUCGUUCCUCCCGCUCGUGCUCCUUCCUCCACUUCUUCUGAGACUGUUUCCACGUCUUCUGUCGCCUCUGCUUCUUCUUCCGCGUCUUCUGCGUUUCUUGCAAAGUGCGUGGAGCACUUUCACUACCUGAGGGCGUCUGAAAUCUCUCUGCUGUAUCGCGCUCCCCGUGUUCCUCGUGCUGCUCUUCAAGCUGCAAGGAACCGAGAGAAAAAAGAGCAAGCAGACGUCGGGACCUCCCCGCCUUCCGACUCGACUCCCCUCGCGGCGUCUCUCCCUGCUCCCGCUGCAGCUGCUUCGCCUUUCUGUCCAGUGUCGCCGAAGGGGGAGGCCGCUGUCUGUUCCUCUCCACCGUCGCCUCUGUGUCCUCUGUCGAGUUCUGGGUCUCUGGAAAAGAAUCGGUCCAUUUCCGUGCAGGCCGUGGGCGAUUUUCUUCUCAUUCUGCGGGAGAGUGGCCAUCUGGAGGCGAUUCAGAAGUCUCUCUUUGGCUUGAAAGUGUGGCGAAGAGGCGCCGGCGGACAGCUUCUCGAGGUUGGCGGCAGACGCAAAGAAUCUCUCCACUCGGUCUCCAAAUGGCACAUCCAGGAGCUCCUUCGCCUCCACGGGAAGCUCCGCGUGAGGCAGUACGUCCCUUCGUCUCUCCUGACUGUCGCAGCGCAGUUGUCGGCUUCAUCUCUCCCCCCUCGUCUUGGCCGCGAGGCGUCUCCGUUUUCGCGCGGAUCUCUGGCCUGUCCAGGCCUCGCCAACGAACUCGAAAACGCGAAGAACCGAGAGGUCUCAGACUCCCUCUCCCUCACGCCUUCCUCGCUCGAAGUGUAUCUUCGCGUGCUCGACCUCGCCUCGUCGGCGCCUCCGUUCCGUCUUUUUGCGGGAGGGAACUACGUGAUCCUGUCGCGCUACCGCGUGCAGAGAAGUCGUUCCCUCGCGGCUUGUCUUCAGCGCGAAGAGACGGGUGGCCUGAUUUCUGCCUCCUUUGCCCACAGACUCGCGCAAACGACUCUUGGGCGAGGACAGGCAGAGCAGUCACCUGCUCUGUCGGGAGACUCUGGCCACAAGACCUCGGACCGCGGGGAAGACACGCAGAGGGAACAUACCUCCUUCACUUUUCAUUCGCCUCCACUCCCUGUUGCUUCUGGUCUCUGUCCGUGUCGAGGAGCACAGAGGGCGAGGCAUCGUGGCGCUUUUCCUUCAUCGCUGCUCUCCGCUCUCGCUUUCUCACCUUUCUUCAGACGCGAGGCACAGACAGAACGAGGGACAGGAAAAGAAGAAAAGCCUCAGGAGGGCAUCGACGCGCUCCCGGAGCCUCUCCUCCUUUUGGCCAAAGAUUUAUGGAGACACGCCUGCGCUGCUGCAGAAGAGAAUCCUCGUCUUUUUCUGCGUCUGGCGGAUCUCCAGCACAUCCUUCUUUCGCGCGGCCAUGCGGUGCUGCUGCGCAUCCUCAAGAAGCAAACGCAAGAGACAGAAGAAAAACUCGAGAGACAAGAGAGACGCCAGGGGAGACAGCAAGAGAAGAAACGCGCGCGGCCGCUGACGCCAGCGAGAAGCAGCGACGAGAACGGAGAGGAGGAAGCGGGAGAAGAGCGAGUCAGAGGAGACAGUUCAACGGGAAGAGAAGAACAGAUGGCAGAGAGUGAGGCUGCAGAGAUGGAAAAAGUUGUCGGUGCAUUUGUGUCGGAUCUUGUUGCACACUUUUCGCUGCUGUACUCAACUUCUGGUAAGAAUGAAGACUUCGAGUCUCGCCGGUCCUCGCCGGGUGAGCGCGGCACGAGGGGGGCGCAUGCAAUCUGGCGCAAGCGGAGAGGAGACAGAGCCGGAGACGAGGAAAGAGAGGAGAAGAAGCAGAGAGUCACUGCAGGAUUGGCUCUCGCUCAAGGCAAUCCAGGAUGGCGGAGACAGAAGCACACAGAGAGGAGACGAAACAAAGAUGGAUCGCGCGCCUUUUCCAGGCGCGGGAAGGCGGGAAGCAGCGCGUUUCCCGAUGAACAGGCUUCAUCUACCAGUGUGCAUGCGAGCGCAGACGAAAGGCAGAGAGCAGCUGGAAGGCGGGAGGCCGAGAGACGAGAAGAGCGAAACAGAAGAGAAGAGCGAAGCAGAAGAGCGCGGGAGAGAGAGCGAAGAAACAACAUCCUCGACCAGGCGAGAAGAAGGCUCCUCCGCAUGCAGCUCGAGCGACGACGCCGGCAGCAAAAUGAAGAGGCGAUAGAGGAAGAGCAAGAAGGAAACAGACAAGGGAGACGCGGCCAAGACGAAGUCGACCUCGACAGAAAGGACGAUGAACAGAAGGAGUCCCCGCCCUCGACAACGGACAGGAAGGACGAGGCAGUGGAGGAGCCUGUUCUCGAAAUGGCUGCACGCGCAGCUGGCCAAACUCACAAGGAAGAUGCGCCGAGAGAACAAGAAGGUGACGUCAAGGAGAUGGGAGGGUCAGAAACGAAACCAGCGAGAGAAGGUGAGACGCAGACGGAAUGA